UGUCUGUUUAUAGGCAAAAACCUGGGUCUCAAAUAGUGUUAAAAAGCAACUGUGCUUUUUUUAAUGAUUUUUUUUUCUGGGGGCUGUGAUGCUGGUGAGUAUUCUUUGCCCAGUAUUACACAGGAGUAGUGAACAUCACAGGUUUUGAGCACGGCACAGGUUCUCCUUGUGAGCCAGGGAAAGCCAGAGGAGCAGCUUGGCCACCCAGUGGUGCAGUAGCAGCUCGGCCUCAGGCCCUGGCAGUGAUCAGAUGGGAGCUGACCUGAGGGAGGGGGGAUAAACUGGUCUGCAGGGACCUCAGUGCCAUUAGUGAUGCCUGGCAGUGUCACACAGCGUCACACAGUGUCACACAGGGCUGUGGCAGUGUUUCCUGUGCAGCAGGCACACACAGCACUCUGGCCAGAGGGAGGGCUCUGUUCUGGACCCUCCUAGGCCAGCUUGUCCCCAGCUGUGCCGUGACCCUGGUGCAGCAGCGAUGUGUGUCUGGCACUUGGGGCUGGCCCUGUGAGUGCAGCUCAUCUCCUCAAAACCCAGCCAGAUAUCACAGGCUUAUGAGACAAGAUGGCCACACUGUUGGGGUUUUUUUUUUGUGUUUCCUUUUUUUUAAUUUUCUUUUUCCCAGAAUUUUGUUCUUUGUACAUGCACAGCCAGUGUGGUGGGAGCACAGAGUGCCACAGGAGCUUUAACCCUGGUCCUUGGGCUCAGCUGUUUCCCUGGCUGUAUCUCCAAGAACAUCUUUAGAAGCUGUGUGGAAAAUAGCACCACCUCUGCCAUGGAGCAGCAGCCCGCUGUCCCAGUAUGACAGAGCAGGUCCCUGAGGCACAGAACUCCCAGUCCCAGCAGAAGACACGAGGGAGGAGGUCAGGACGUACAGAACUCCUAGGCUGGUCAGAAGGCACACUGUGAAAGGUAAAUGGGAGAUUUGGAGACUAGCUUAAUCCAUACACGAAAAACAUGUAGAAUAGAGCAAAUGGUAGCAAAAUGGCUUCAUCGCUCUCGGGACAGCGCACCCAGGGACAGCGUGCCUGUGAUGGACAGUGCCGGGGACAGCGCAGCCCAGCCCCCCAGCCGGGUCAAAGUGACCGUCACCGUCUACAAGGACCUGGUCCUGCAGCACUACGGCUUCGAGAUCUGCCCAGGCCUUCCCCUGACCAUCGCAUCGGUCACUGCAGGGAGCACGGCCGAGGGGAAGCUGCAGCCGGGGGACCAGCUCCUCGCCAUCAACUCCAGCAGCGUGGACAGCGUGUCCGUGGAGCGGGCAGCCAGCAUCAUCAGGGAGGCCGGAGAUGAGCUGCUCCUGACCGUGCUGCGCUGCGCGUCCGUAAGUGGCCCUUCCUGGGCUCGCACGGCUCCCUUGGGCACGGCCGCGGCGUGGCCAGGCUGGCUGUGA